AGCGACCAAAACUGAACGCAUGAGCAUAUGACGGCGCCAGUCCUAUGACCCCAUUUUGGACAUCGCAGGACUGUUUUUUUACAGCUACUUGCUAAUGUUGAUCAAUUAGCUAUUGUUUUAAUUUGUUGACCGGCCAGAGACACUAUCAUUGCUGUCUAGCUUUCCGACUCAUCUGCCCAGAUGGUCUUAUUUCGUUAGCUAGAUCUUGACAUUGUUCAAGUUGUGGUUGCUAACUAGCUAGCAGCAGGGCCCAUUUUCGAUGCAGAUUGCUUGUUUCGUAACUUGCAUUUUCUCGUUGACACAAUAACCACAGAUACAAGUGAUUAUUCGCCGAGCCUAGGAACUGAGUUGAUUGUCCAUAGUGUCCUUCGGACAAAUGGAUGGCGAAGAAGACGAAUUCUUCUCCGGGAACCACUCUGAUGGUGGUGGCACCCCGGUACAGGACGAACAUGCUCCUGGUUCAGAUGCGGAAGAGGAGAUGAGGAAUGAGCCAUGCCACUCUGAGGAUGAGAAUAAUGAUGGUGAGGGAGCUGCUCGGGCCAUGGAGACAAACGGCGUGGCCAGCGGGUCAGACAACAAGGGCCCCAAGGGGGCGGACAGUGACUCUGACGGGGAGGCUCGUAGGCCUGCAGACAGCGAUAACGAGGAGUACCCGCCCAAACGCGGAGGCAGCGCCUCCGACAUAGAGGAGUCCCCGCCCAAACGCGGAGGCAGCGUCUCCGACAUAGAGGAGUCCACGCCCAAACGCGGAGGCAGCGUCUCCGACAUAGAGGAGUCCCCGCCCAAACGCGGAGGCAGCGUCUCCGACAUAGAGGAGGGCCCGCCCAAACGCGGAGGCAGCGUCUCCGACAUAGAGGAGUCCCCGCCCAAACGCGGAGGCAGCGUCUCCGACAUAGAGGAGGGCCCGCCCAAACGCGGAGGCAGCGUCUCCGACAUAGAGGAGUCCCCGCCCAAACGCGGAGGCAGCGCCUCCGACAUGGAGGAGUCCCCGCCCAAACGCGGAGGCAGCGCCUCCGACAUGGAGGAGUCCCCGCCCAAACGCGGAGGCAGCGCCUCCGACAUGGAGGAGUCCCCGCCCAAACGCAGAGGCAGCACCUCUGACAUGGAGGAGAAAGAAACUAAACGGGAUGCAGUCGGGAGCGACUCUGAGACCGAGAAUCAUCCCCCAUCCCCAGCCCGGAGCAGACACUCGACUGCACGCAGUGACUCUGAGAUUGAGGCGCCCAAACACAAAGCGCAGAUAGAGUCUGAUGGAGAGGAGGGCGGCAAGAAUAAAGGGAAGUGGAAGGCUGUAAUGCACUCCGAAAGUGAGGAUGAGGUGGAGGCUCGGCCAGCGAAAGCAGCUGCAGGCAGUGACCAGGAGAAGGAGAGUCCCGCAAAACAGGUGGUGGAAGUUAGUGAGGAUGACGACGAGAUGCCAAUGAAGAGGAAGAAAGCCAUCCUGUCAGACAGUGAAGGUGAGGAGGGGAAGGCUGACGAACCAGUGGUGAAGAAGAGCCGCGCUUUGUCUGACGAUGACAACUCCGACAGUGACGCAGGCUCGGAGGCGCCUGACAAAACCAUGGCCAAAUUGCGGGAACUGGGCUCAGAAAGCGAAGACGAGGAUGAUGGACAGAAGGUGGAAGGAGGGAAGAAGGACGAGAAAACACUGUUUGGUAGCGACAGCGAUUCAGGCGAUGAGGAAGAGAAAAUGAUUGCAGACAUUUUUGGUGACUCUGGCGAUGAAGAGGGGGAAGAGUUUACGGGUUUCAAUCAGGAGGAUCUGGAGGGGGAUAAGAGACAAUCUCAGGCCUCUGCAAAGAAAGCAAUGGCAGAUGACUCUGAUUCUGAUGAGGGCGUGGACAGGGGUGGUGGCCAAGACACCAGUUUCAUGUCGGACUUUGACGUAAUGCUGGCUCGUAAGAAGGCCCAGAGCGGGAAGCGACGACGGAACCGCGAUGGGGGAACAUUCAUCAGUGAUGCUGAUGAUGUGGUCAGCGCUAUGAUCACCAAGAUGACAGAAGCCGCAGAGGAGGACAGAACACUGAACGCUCAGAAGAAGCCAGCGUUAAAAAAGCUGACCCUCCUCCCCACUGUAGUUAUGCACCUGAAAAAGCAAGACCUCAAGGAGACGUUCAUCGACAGCGGGGUGAUGUCGGCUAUCAAGGAGUGGAUCGGCCCGCUGCCAGAUAAGAGUCUUCCGGCCCUCAAAAUCAGAGAGGAUCUCCUCAAGAUUCUACAGGAACUCCCCAGUGUGAGUCAGGAGACUCUCAAACACAGCGGGAUAGGCCGAGCCGUCAUGUUCCUAUACAAACACCCCAAGGAGUCGCGCCCCAACAAGGACCUCGCUCUCAAACUCAUCAACGAGUGGUCCAGGCCCAUCUUUGGCCUGACGUCUAACUACAAGGGCAUGACGCGCGAGGAGAGACAACAGAGAGACCUCGACCAGCAGAUGCCGCAAAAAAGACGCCUCAGUCAGCCCCAAAAGGUGGAGAGGUCCAAGGAACCGGAUGUCUUCUCCCCGCAGCAACUCAGCUCAGGGGGACAGACUCCUCAUAGAGACCUGGAGAAAGUGCUGACGGGAGAAGAGAAAGCUCUGCGCCCAGGCGACCCUGGGUUCUGUGCCCGGGCCAGGGUGCCCAUGCCAUCCAACAAGGACUACGUUGUGCGGCCCAAAUGGAACGUGGAGAGCGAAUCCAGAGCAGCCCCGGUUAAGAAGGGCAUGUCACGGGUGGACAAACAGUUGCGUCGCUUCGCCGACAUAAAGCGUAUGACAAAGACUGGCCACGCGGUGAAGAUCAGCGUCCAGGGCAACCGGAUGCCCCUCUGAUUAAUUUUUUUAAAACCUUUUUUUGGCUAGGUGAAAGCAUAGGUUUCAAUACAUAGCUUUUACCGAUCCAAUAAUAUCAGCGCUAUGAUUAUUCCAAGGGAGGGAGGAUGGAAGGAUGCAAUUAUUUAAAUAAUUUGAUGAGGGCCAGGAUCCCACUUCUGUGUGCUUUAGCCAAGUCCUCUAACUAGCAUGAGAAUGGUCAAAGCAGUUUGCUAAAGCAUAUAGAUGAGACCAUGCUAUCGUCAAACCCCCUCAGGCCAGCCUGAUAGUGAUGUGGCUUCACAGGCUGGUUGGCCUUCGGUCCUCUAGACUUUGAGAGAUUCAAUACGGAGUGUGGAAGAUUGAUGUUAUAGCACUAUUUAAGUUUUAAGGUAAUUUCCAAUUGUGCAGACAUGCAGCAUAUACCGAACGUUGGCCUUAAGUUUCUAUAGCGCGGAUCUUCCAUGCUCAGUAUUGAAUGUACGUUAGGCCUUUGUUUUACUUUGUUUCUGAAGAAGCUGUACAGACGUAGGAGCUGCCUGUAUGUCUUGACUGUGUGCCGGUUGUUUCCGAAGUUACUUUCAUAAUAAAGAGGGUUUCACCAGA